UACACGCGGAAUCAAAGUGUGACAUUACUCUGAGUGGCUGCUGCUCCUCAUAAGUGCAGUCGUUAGCCAUACUGGCUACUUUACGGAGUCUGCAUGUGAGCUGAUGACAUCAUUGAGCGCAGUCUUCCUCCUCCUCCUCCUCCUCCUCCACCAGACGGGCUGCUGCUGCUGAGCUGCUGAGGAUACACAGCCGGAGAGGAAUUAUGCCCUGCCCAGCAGUGGCUUUGCCUGUUUGAUGAGGUGACCUAUGCAUACCAAGUGGUCGUAAGUCCGGGGAAAUCCCCGUAUUUUUGUUUAGCAUGAGCAUGGAAGAUUAUGACUACCUGUUCAAGAUAGUGUUGAUAGGAAAUGCUGGAGUUGGGAAGACAUGUCUUGUCCGGCGCUUUACUCAGGGCCUUUUCCCACCUGGACAAGGGGCUACUAUUGGAGUAGAUUUCAUGAUAAAGACAGUGGAAAUCAAAGGGGAGAAGGUCAAGCUGCAGAUAUGGGACACAGCUGGACAGGAGAGAUUUCGCUCCAUUACUCAGAGUUAUUACCGUAGUGCCAACGCCCUCAUUCUUACGUACGACAUUACCUGUGAGGACUCCUUCAGAUGCCUUCCAGAGUGGCUGCGGGAGAUUGAGCAGUAUGCCAACAACCAAGUGGUGACUAUAUUAGUCGGUAAUAAAAUAGACCUUGCGGACAAGAGAGAGGUUCUCAGACAGAGGGCUGAAGACUUCGCUGAGGCUCAGAGCAUGCUGUAUCUGGAGACCUCAGCCAAAGAGUCCGACAAUGUUGAGAAACUCUUCCUCGACCUGGCCUGUGAACUCAUUCGAGAGGCCAAGCAGAACAAGCUGGACAACAAUGACACUGCCCCAAUGCCUGGCGAGGGUAAAACCAUCAGUUACUUGAGCUGCUGCAGCCUCAAUUAGUGAGAGCUCAGCCCUGUGGCUGUGGUAAAUAAGUAGCCAUUGACUGUAGAGGGCAGAUGGCUGAGCCCUAAUGCCUCCGUCCCUCUAAGAUGGCAUAAAGCCACUUCUUAGUCCUGUCAUUUCUAGUCUCAUGCCUUUUUUUAAGCUGUACAAGGGAGUUAGUCAACUUUAGUUUGGCCUUUCAGGAACAAGCAUUUUAAGAUGCUGCCAUUAUGGAGAACAUUGUCCUCAGUACAACAGGAUUUGAAGUAUGUCAGCCUGAUACAUCCAGGAAUCUGAGUAGGGCUCCAUUUUGUACUCAUCGUGGUGAAAUGGCAGAUUGUUUUUCUGUUGGAGUCGUCUGAUCCAUUUUUCAUUCAAUAUUCACCAGCAAUUUUACAUGGGUGAAGAGUUCUCCCACGUAUUUUGUUACAGAUUCUACUUAGCUGACAACAAGUGUCAUGAUGAUUGGAUCAGUAAAUCAGAUCAGUAAAUGGUAACAAUAUUGUUUACAUACAGUACGUUUUUGAGAUUACCAAAUCUGAUCGAGUGGCAAACGUUUGGCAAGCUUACCCUAAUAUCUGUUGCACAAUCAUUCGUUUCCCACUGAUUCCUUCUGCUCUGAGAAUUGCAUACAGUUUUAUUAACUUUCAUAAUCUCAUGUUCUGAGUAGUUAUUUGCACCUGUCAUUACAAACUGUGAAAUAUUUGUUCCCAGUAGAAGAUUUUUACUUGCUGCUAAAAUAUGUUUUUAUGUCAGAUAACAUGAACUGCAACACAAGUAUAAAUACUACAUUGAUACAGUAUUCUGUGAUGACCACUAUUUUUUAGCCAACUUGGAUUGCUUGCAUUUAGUCGGUUGAUGUAGUGUGAAACAGCUGGAAGGGCCUCAGAUAUCGUCACCAGUAGGAAUUAUAAACAAUCUAAUUAACUGAGCAUUUUUUUAAAAAAUACUGUCCGCUGUUUCUUUUAUCCAUAGACGUGACUACUUCUGCCUUUGUUGUUGCUGCCUAGCCAUGAAAUUGUAUCUCUUUUUAUUUGUUUGAAAAGGUAUUUUCAUGUAGUUUCGUAUAUGACUUGUUGUACUUCAUAUGCUUUUAUUGUGAAAGUUCUUAAUUGUUCAGCAUGUUUUGCCAUAAUUUGUAGUGUCUAACUUUAUCUUUCAUAUAUUUGCCAUAACUGUAUUCUACUGUAUUGCACAAUGCCAUAUACUGCACACUUAUUUUUAUUGUAACAUUUUGUCUUUUGUUGUACAGACUUGUAGUACAUCUCGGCACUUUUGUUGUACUUUUUAUUUUUAGUAAUCCCUUUUGUUCAACUGGCAAGCGUUUUGUUUUGCCUUGUACUUUAAAUUUAACAGCAGUUACUUAUUGUUAAUCAUUUGCAUCUGCUUGUCAACACAGUACAGGAAACACAAAGGAAAACACUAUGGGGAUGUUGUGCUUCUUUUCCUUUAUGUGUACAAAAUAAUCCAGAAGAAAAUGACUCUGUAUAACAUUAAAUAAUUACACUAAAUAUCUUGUUUUGUCAUGUC